GUUACUUCGUCCUGGAUUUCACGCUUUUUCCGUUCGCGUCACCAUACUCCAUCUUCUUUUUCGUUGAUGCAAGCCACUGUACCCUCGAGCAUAGUACAGAUCAGCCGCCGUACUACCCACCAUAUAUUUCCUUUUUUUCUAGCAUCAGCUGUUCAGCCCAAGAUCCCUGAUCACCCCCAAUACAUAUUCUCCAGUUUCCUCUCUUCCCCCGUCUCAAAACACCCCUCAAAUUUCAUUCAUCACGUGAUUUCUCUUUAUCAACCGCGUUCCCUGAAUAGGCGUUCAUCAUGUGUCGCUGGUUCGCAUACAUCAGUCCCAUUGAGCCCAGUCUGCUCUCUGAUGUCCUUAUAACGCCUGCAAAUAGCAUCAGCAAGCAAUGCUCAGAACACUACCUUCCCGGCCUCCUCCCGUACGAAAAGGAAAAGGAGCUCGAUCACAGCUCCGACGCACUCCUCCGCAUGCGAAACUCCCUGCUAAACAUGGACGGGCUCGGCAUCGCCUGGUACACCAACGCCGCCAAGUCCUACAUCAAGAGCGUUGACGGUCCGCGGCCCGCACUCUACAAGUCCCAGUCUCCCCCCAUCAAUGACUUCAAUUUCCGCUCGCUGUGCGAAAACACCGAGACGCACUGCGUCUUCGCGCACAUCCGCGCCAGCAGCGGCAGCACCGUCACGCAAGUAAACUCGCACCCCUUCGUCUUCGGCCGCCACGUCUUCAUGCACAACGGCGUCAUCUCGAACUUCUCCACCAUACGCCGCGAAAUGACGAACAUGAUAUCCUUCGACGCAUACUGCAACAUCUUCGGCUCCACCGACUCCGAGCACGCCGCCGCCCUCUACAUCACCAACCUCACCAAAAACGGCACCAAAGACUCCUGGCAGAACUCCUACCCACUCGCCGACAUGCUCGACGCCAUGACCCAAACAGUCAUCCAGAUCAUGAUGCUCCAAAAGUUCAAACAGCCCGGCGCAGAACGCACCCCGAACUCGCUCAACUUCUGCACCACCGACGGCACUAAGAUGCUCGCCAUCCGCUUCCGCAACCACGCUGCCCAGCAGCCGCCCUCGCUCUACUGGUCUGAGUUCGCUGGCCGCACGCUCAACGGCAAGUAUCCGGGCAAUCCGGACUCGGCGGAUAUGGUGAAUGAGCAGGCGAUCUUCCUGGACGAUGAGCGGAUCGGGAAGCAUACGAUUAUUGCGAGUGAGCCGACGACGUACGAUGAGAAGGAGUGGCAUUUGAUUGGGAAGAACUGCGCGCUUACGGUUGAUGAGGAGGGCGUGGAGACGGAGGUGCCGAUUGAGUAUGAUGAGGGGUUGAAUGCGGAGGAUCCGAAUGAUCCGGCGAAGAAGUAGGGGCUUGCGCGGGUUGGGUGGUUCUAUAUGCUGAGUCUUGGUGGCCCGGUGGAUUGGAUGGGGCA